AUACAAAUUUGCGUCAUGAGUCCAUUUCUCUGCUACUACUACCCCGUCGCAGCCCACGGUUCUCUGCCUCUUCCCAUCUCAUCUAGGAUAGCGGAGUUCUGCACAAAGCGAGCUCGGCUUCUAUUGGUUUGGUCUUCUUCGUCGAAUCGCCAUUUCCAGAUCAAUCAGGUUUUGACUUCCCGCUUACAGACUGGCCUUUCUGCAUCUUUUCCUUGAUUUAAGACGGGAACUUGGUUUUCCCUUGUUCAAAUCACCAUCUCCCGAUCAAUCUAAGGUUCUAAAUUCUCCCCCACAGAUCCGGCUUCCUGCUUCUUUUACUUCAUUUAAGCUUUAAUCGUUAGUCUACAACCAGUUCACUGUUAGAUCUUAAUCUAGCACUGGUUAAGCUUCAUCUAGGCAUUUGGGCUUUGCGGUUCGAUGUCUAAAGCAGAGGGUCGUGUAAGAAUGCUUGGCUUUUUAUCGAAGUGCAAAGUUGGGGUUCUGGUGGUUAUCUUCCUUCUGGUCGGAUUCACUGCACUGUAUGAGUUGCUGAAGCCGGUCCCUAAUGGCUGCAUCAUGACCUACAUGUAUCCGACUUACAUACCGAUCUCGACGCCGGCCAAUGAAUCUUCGGACAAGUACGGGCUCUUCCUGUAUCAUGAAGGGUGGAAGAAAAUAGACUUUAUCGAGCAUAUUAAGAAGCUUGAUGGAACCCCGGUUCUGUUCAUUCCUGGAAAUGGUGGUAGCUACAAGCAGGUUCGUUCCUUAGCUGCGGAAUCUUCUAGAGCGUAUGAAGGAGGACCACUUGAGGAAAAUUUUUAUCAAGAAGCAUCAUUUCUAAAUGUUGACAUUUCUAAUUCUUUCAAGUACCCUACCAAAUAUAAACGUAUGUUGGAUUGGUUUGCCGUGGAUCUUGAGGGGGAGCAUUCUGCAAUGGAUGGACGAAUACUCAAAGAGCAUACUGAAUAUGUUGUAUAUUCUAUCCAUAGGAUAUUGGAUUUGUAUAAAGAUUCUCGUGAAACAAGAUCCCAAGAAGGAGCUGAUGCCUCUGGAAGCUUGCCCAAUAGUGUAAUAUUGGUCGGCCAUUCUAUGGGUGGAUUUGUUGCUAGAGCUGCAGCAAUUCACCCAGGCCUCCGAAAGUCAGCUAUUGAGACUAUUUUAACACUCUCCAGCCCUCACCAGGCCCCUCCUGUUGCAUUGCAGCCAUCGUUGGGUCAUUAUUUUUCACAAGUUAAUCAUGAAUGGAAAAAGGGGUUCAUUCCGCAAGCCGGUCAUUCUGGUCAUACUUUAUAUGGCUCUAAACUCUCCCAUGUUCUUGUUGUAUCUGUAUCUGGUGGAUUUUAUGAUUACCAGGUUCGGUCAAAGUUGGCUUCUUUGGAUGGGAUUGUUCCAUCCACGAAUGGCUUUAUGAUUAGUAGUUCAAGCAUGAAGAAUGUAUGGCGUUCAAUGGAGCACCAGACUAUUCUGUGGUGCAAUCAAUUGGUCAUCCAGCUAUCACAUACGCUUCUUACUCUGAUAAAUCCUGAAAAUGGACAACCAUUUACAAGUUUGGAGAAAAGGCUUCUUGUUUUUACUAGAAUGCUACAAGGUGGUUUACCUCAGAGUUUGGGAUUGAUUAAGCUUGGAGAGUCAUCAUCAGCUUCUCAAAACCUUCCCAUUGAUCGUGUGAAGGAUACUAGUCAUACUUCAGCUGCAGGAUUGCAAAUUGAUGGAUUUUCUUUUUGCCCGCCAUCUUUUCACUGGAGAGGUGAUGUUCUUGAGAAAGAUCUCUCCAUUCACUCAACUUCUGUCACGGUGUUGGCCAUGGAUGGGAGAAGGCGGUGGUUGGACAUAAGAAAUCAGAGUUCAAAUGGCAAAGACCACUUCAUAUUUGUAACAAAUCUUGCUCCGUGUUCUGGGGUUAGGCUUCACCUUUGGCCAGAGAAGCGUAGGUCGUUGACAGGAGAUAAACUGUCAAGUGAAAAAGGAGUCCUGGAGGUGACUUCAAAAAUGGCCUACAUUCCAACUGGACCUGCUCCAAGGCAGAUUGAACCAGGAAGCCAGACUGAGCAAGCACCUCCAUCUUCUAUUCUGAUAUUAACACCUGAAGAAAUGCAAGAAUAUCAGUUCCUAACUAUUUCUGUUGCUCCACGGCUGACUGUUUCAGGCCGCCCUCCUCCAGCUGUAUCUAUGGCAGUUGGACAAUUCUUCAAUCCAAAGGAUGGAGAGAGGGAAUUCUCUCCCAGCUUGCUGCUCCGCACUACCUACUCUGAGGAGGAAAUGCUUUUGAAGGAGGAUCAUAAUCUUGCUUUGAAUUUCUCAUUCUCUGUAAGCCUAGGUAUUUUGCCUGUGACUGUAUCAUUGCAAACAGAAGGCUGUGGAUUGAAAGACUCUGCUGAUCAUGUGGAUCAAAGCAGCUUGUGCAGGUUACGUUGUUUCCCGACUGUAGGUCUUGCAUGGGAUUCCGUUUCUGGCCUACAUGUUAUUCCUAACAUCAACUCUGAGACUAUAAUUGUUGAUUCUUCACCUGCAAUGUGGGAUUCCGGUCAAGGUUCUGAUAGAACUAUUGUAUUUCUGUUGGUGGAUCCUCAUUGUUCUUAUAAAAUCAGUGUUGGUGUUUCUCUGGCAGCUGCCGCAAGCAGAUUCUGUCUUCUUUAUUCUUCGCAAAUUAUGGGUUUCAUGGUAACUGGGGUGCUUUUUGGUCUAAUGCGACAAGCUCAUGCCUGGGAACUGGAUUUGUCGUUUCCAUCCAUUUUGGAAGCUGUGGAGUUAAAUUUGAGAAUGCCACGGUCUUUCUUGCUACUUGCCGUGUUACCUAUUUUUGCUUCUUUAGUCAUGUCAUUGUAUACCGGACAUGACCUUCCAGUUGUGAGCUAUGUCAGCAUAUCGAUGGUCUGCUAUUUAAUUGCAAAUGGAUCUUUGUUCAUUUUGAUCUUCAGUUCUCAGUUAAUGUUCUACAUGGUUGCUAUUCUGCAUGUUUUCAUCAAAAGAAGCUGGCUGGCUUGGCAAGAAAAUGUCUGUGCUUCUUUUCUUUAUCAGAUUAUCGAUUUUUCAUCCAUCCUUUGGUCAUUAAAGGCAAGGUUCCAUCUCGUUGUGCAGAUUCUGAGAUCGAAUCCAAGUCUUGUUGCUGGAUUUCUCUCAAUUUCAUUGGUCUGCUUUGUUCAUCCAGCACUUGGGUUGAUUGUGCUUGUCUUCUAUCAUUCUCUCCAUUGUCAUGCUUCUCUUUGCAGUUUUUUGGCGGCUUCAUUUCGCAGUAAUGCUCGCAGGAGGGAGUUCAAUGAUCCCAAUUCUUUGAGUUCAUCCUUUCUAUCUCAACCAAAAUCUAAUGAUGCGCUUGAUUCACUUCUUCCUAUUGAUGAUAGCUACACUAGUAGCCCAAACUCUGUUAAAGGUUUUGGGGAAAGUCAGUUAGAGAUCUUUAACUACAAGCAUGGAUUACUGAUCUUGCAUCUUAUUGCAACUCUUAUGUUCAUUCCUUCUCUGGUUGCUUGGCUCCAGAGAAUUGGGAUGGGUUCAAGCUUCCCAUGGUUCAUUGACUCUGUUGUCUGUAUUGGGAUCAUCCUUCAUGGACUUUCUGGAUCAAGGCCAGAUACCUAUUUCCUAUCAAUCCCCUUGCCUUUCAUUAGACGAACUGAAAUCAGUCUGAGCUUAGUGUUUCUCUUGUCUGGAUACUAUUCCUUUCUAUGUGCUCUUGCUGCUUCUCCUUACAUGGCUCUCUACGCCAUGGCAGCCAUUGGAGCUAUCUCCUUGGCUUUCAGGAUUAUUGAUAGAUACCGAGAGGUCGGGAGCAGCCAUCAGAGAACUAAUAGAAAGCAUUCUCACAGACACUAGUUGAUUGGAGAAUUUAAUGUUGGAGUAAAGAAGUUUUUCUUUCUCCAGUUUUCUGUCGCUUCCAUUUUGUAACCCCAUUUGGGGGAAAUUGAGCAGCUUUAAGGCUUCGUUUGGGACGACUUUUUUACUGCUUCUUAAAGCAGCUUUUUUUGUACCAAAAAACGGCUUUAAGUAGCAGGAAGAAAGCCGUCUCAAACAAAACCUAAAUGAUUUGAUUCCACUAUUUUUUCUGGAUCAGAUUCUUGGUCCAGUAUGAUAGGUCUUCCAAAAGAUCUUUUAAUGUACCUCUUUGUACUUAUUACAUGAAGAUUCUGAGGGUUAUUGUCAAACUAAAGGAUUAGUCUAUUUUCUUAUGUUCAGACAUUGUUCACUUA